UGUCGUUCUGGCCGUUUCGUAGUUUUCUGUUCGCACAAUGGCACGUACUAAGCAGACUGCUCGUAAAUCGACUGGAGGAAAGGCUCCACGAAAACAGUUGGCGACUAAGGCAGCGCGUAAAAGCGCCCCUGCUACUGGUGGCGUGAAAAAACCUCAUCGUUACAGGCCUGGUACUGUGGCUCUUCGUGAGAUUCGUCGCUACCAGAAGAGCACUGAACUCUUGAUCCGUAAAUUGCCGUUCCAGCGUCUCGUUCGUGAGAUUGCGCAGGACUUUAAGACCGAUCUGCGUUUCCAGAGUUCAGCUGUUAUGGCGUUGCAGGAGGCUAGCGAGGCAUACCUCGUUGGUCUUUUCGAAGACACUAAUCUGUGCGCUAUUCACGCCAAGCGAGUCACCAUUAUGCCUAAAGACAUCCAACUGGCGCGUCGUAUUCGUGGAGAGCGUGCUUGAAGAGUUUAUAAACCACCGGCCCUUUUUAGGGCCACCAAUCAGUUAGUCGAUGGACUUGUGUCUCAGUUUCGCUUUAACAUUUUUCAACAUGUGUUUAAUAAAUUUUUACUUAUUUCUACCUUA